ACCAAACGCAAUCGGUUAUUAUUAUAACUCAGCUGAGCUUCAGACGCCAGAGUGCUGCGAGGUAGGGAAGAAGCAAUAGGAUAGUUUAAGUUUCAGGGAAGUUUGAUACACAUUAAAUACAGUAUCUCCGCUGUUUUUUUAGUACUUGAGUUUUGUCGAGAACAUCUCGCUAACGUUACAGGGAUCCAGGCGCUCAUCGCACUUUCGACAUUCAAAGGUAAGCAUGGCGUUCUCUUUGUCCUCCCCAUGUGGAUUCCGCUCUGAUGAAGACGAGGAAAUGGCUGUGUUUGAGUCUACAGCAGCAGAGCAUGGAGGACCGUCCAGACCUGGUCUGCCUGAGUUGUCAGUCAUUUCCCCCGGCCUGGACCCCCGGCCAUCCAUUAUAGAACAGAAAGCAGUAAAACCUGCUGCGGCGAGACCAGGCAGCUCUGAUGGGAGGGUCGAGGUUUUUCUGCGUAUCCGGCCACUAACUGAGGCGGAGAGUGAAAGGGGAGAAGAACAGGGUUGUGUGGCUGUCCAAGAUGAAGAGAAUGUGCUGCUUAAAGCUCCAAAAGAAUCUCACAGCAUGAGGGCUGCAGAGAGGGGCAUCACCCAGAGCAUGCACAAGUUCAGCUUCUCAAAGAUUAUGGGGCCGGAGACCACACAGCAACAGUUUUACGAGUGCUCGAUGAAGAAGAUGGUGAAAGACGUCCUUCAAGGAGAAAACCGACUCCUCUACACUUAUGGUGUCACCAAUUCUGGAAAAACAUACACAAUUCAAGGCAGCGGUCCAGAGGCGGGCCUCCUGCCACGGGCCCUGUCGUCUCUGUUCAGCAAGCUGCAGGGCCGCCUGUACGGCGCCAUGGACAUGAAGCCUAUCAUGUAUCAGGAUGUGAGGCAUCUGAGCUCCGGAGAGAUCAGGAUGGAGGAACUCCGCAGAAACUCUCUGCUCAAAGAGGAUGACAAUCUGCCUUUUCGUCGAGGUGGAAACACGACAGUCUGGGACAGCGGCAUUGGAGGACUCUCCUCUACAAGUAACAUCGCCACUCAGCUUGAAGACACAGACGGUGUGUGUCUGGAGCCCGGCAGCCUUUCACACAGCGGAGGGGAUGAUCUGGAGGAAGGGGUGCAGUUUUCUAUCUGGGUGUCCUUCUUCGAGAUCUACAAUGAGUUCCUGUAUGAUUUGCUCGAUGCCUCUCCCUCCCUGCAGCCCAGGAAAAGGGUCACUCUGCGGCUUGGUGACGACAAGCAGGGCAACCCCUAUGUGAAAGACCUCGUCUGGAUCCAGAUCCGCAGCGCUGACGAAGCUUGGAGGAUUCUGAAGGCUGGGCGUCGCAACCAGAGCUUCGCCAGCACUCACCUCAACACAAACUCCAGCCGUAGCCACAGCAUUUUCUCCAUCCGAGUCCUGCACGUCAACCCAGAAGCAGAUUCAGCCAAGUCCAUGCACAUCAGCGAACUGAGUGUGUGUGAUCUAGCUGGGUCUGAGCGCUGUAAAGAGCAGCGGAACGGCGAGAGGAUGAAGGAGGCCAACAACAUCAACGCCUCCCUUCUAACACUGGGACGCUGCAUCGCUGCUCUGAGGCACAACCAGAACAACAAAUCGCGACCCGCUCAAGUGGUGCCCUUCAGGGACAGUAAACUGACCCGGGUACUGCAGGGUUUCUUCUGUGGCCGAGGAACCUCCAGCAUGGUGGUCAACAUCAACCCGUGUGCCUCCAUCUAUGACGAGACCCUCCAGGCCCUCAAAUUCUCAGCUCUAGCCUCUCAACUGGUGCACGGGCCGUCCACAAAGACCAGGGUGGCCUACAUCCUGUCCUUACUGCGUGAGCCGGCUGCAGGUGGAAACGAGAGUUCGGUGAUGGAGGACGAGGAGGAGGAGAGUGAUGUCGAAGAUGGAGAUAUCUCCAUGUUAAAUACUGAGUCCAUGCUGCAGGCCAUCGAUGUCCUGAAGAGAGAGGUGCAGCGCCAGCGGGAAGAGAAAGAGGUUCUUGAGGCGAAUGUGAGAGAGCAGGUGGUCUCUGAGGUGAUGGAGGUCAUCUCUGAGAUGGAAGCUGGCUACAGCGAGAACUUGGAAGCAGAGAGAGCUCUAACUGAAGAGAGAUACGAAGACAAGAUAUCCACCUUGCAAAAACAUUUGAAGAUAUUCUACAGCAAGGAGCUGAAUGAGCGUGAUCAGGUGAUCGAAUGUUUGUCUGCUGCUCUUGAUAAAACCCAGGCAGGCGAAGCGCCCCCCCCGUCGCUGCCUGGUGAGGACUCCAUAGCAUGCAGCGGUGGCCUACUUCGGCGUUCUGAGCGCAUCAAUAAAACAGAAAGUGGUCGGCUGCAAGUGGAGCUGGACCAGUGUCGCGCUGAGCUGCUCGCAAAGACACAAGAGCUCACAAAGCUGAAGACGCAGCUGGAAGCCCCUGGCUCAACUGGGACCCUCGCCGCUGACCGCAAGCUGGAGGACGGGCAGCGGAACCUGCGGCAGCUGCGCCUGGAUCUGCAGCGACUCGGGGCCGACCUGCAGUCUGGAGAACGAGCCUGCUGCCGAAACACGGGGGGGGAGAAGCUGCGGCAGGCGCUGGCCGCUGCAGACGAGACGCUGGCCAAACAGGACCAGAUCCUUUUGGAGCUCCAGAACGGCCUGAUGCUUGUAAAGGCUGAUCUGAGGCGGAAAGCAGAGACCCUGGCCCAGAAGCAGCUGGCCACCCCCCUCUCUGCUGCCCACCCCACACCAGGUUCCUGCAACAAGAGGGGCUGCGGGACCACGGCACCUAUUGACACUGAGAACCGGCCCCCACAGAAACGUCCCUUUUUCCAGUCUAUUUUCCCCACACAAACCCUAACACGUAGAUGCAACGCUCGUCUUGCAGAAGAAGCGAACGCCACCCCCUACUCAAGAAUCUUGCGGUCCCGCCAGCAGUCCCCCCCUCGCAGCCCGGCCCCCACCCCUCGCAGCCUCAGGGGGAAGUACUGAGCUUCUUACAGCCUGUCUUCUUUGAUAUUAUGCAAACAAAGUUUUAUCUGCUUGUAACUUUAUAGUAUUUUUAUAUUUCUUUGUAUAUAUUCACUUUUUGCAGCAGUCCAAAUAGUUCUGAUGUUUAACAGUUACGCUAUGAGAAAUAGGGUAGCCGUACACUAUUGAGGUGAUUGUGAGCAGUAUAACCGCUCAGUGGCUAAUGGUUACUCUAUGGCUUCUCUGCUCUUUCUAUACUUUUGAGAAAAGGGCAUUUUAUUUUCAUGUACUGUACAACGUGAAAUCAAAAUUACCAAAAAAACAGUCCAAGCAGGUAUGCUUUAUUUAUACUAUUUACAUAUAUACAGCAUUGUUGAUGGGCAUGACUGCAAGUCAAAACAAGACAUGUUUGUGUGCUGCAUUUGCGCUACGUGUGUGUGUGUAUAUAUGUAAAUAGUUCAAGGUGACCCUUCUCUACAAUUUUUUUGUGUUUUUACAGUUCAACUAGCCUUGAGUUAUAUAAAGGCAUCGUGUAAUAAAAAAAUCUAUUUAAAGAAAA